AUGCCUAUGAUAGGAUAUGACGGUACUCUCUGCUACCAUCCUUCCAACAACUGCCCAAUACGUGCGGCUUUCUGGAUGUACGAGCCGUCUCUCAUCAUCAACGCAGCUUUCCUUGUGCUCUUCGGUAUAUCCUUCAUCACUUUCGUCGUUCAGGGCACCGCAGAUGCAAAAUGGCUUGGCUUCAGUCUCGCCAUGGCUGCUGGUUGCGCGCUCGAGGUUGCUGGCUACGCGGGACGCAUACUAGCCCAACAAGACAUGUUUGCAGAGACCCCUUUCCUCAUCCAAAUCAUCUGUCUGACCAUCGGUCCCGCCUUCCUUGCUGCAGGCAUCUAUCUCUGCCUCUCGCGCAUUGUCACCACUAUCGGUCCCGAAUAUUCGCGCAUCAAGCCACUCUCUUAUCCAAAGAUUUUUAUCCCCUGCGACAUCAUCUCCCUCGUGCUCCAGGCUGUUGGAGGAGGCAUGGCCAGUGUUGCUAUACACAACGAUAAGAGUACCAAGAGCGGCGACAACGUCAUGAUUGCCGGUCUAGCUUUCCAGGUUGCAACAAUGUUCGCAUUCAUCCUGAUAUCUGCCGACUUCGCCUGGCGCACAUUCCGCAUCCGUAAGCUGCUUCCACAGACUACUCAGAGUGAGCGGGAAGUAAAUCCCCAAAUACCACGGCCAUUCACGGCUUUCAUCAUCGCCUUGACCUUAUCCACCCUUUGCAUCUUCAUCAGAUGCGUGUUUCGGGUUGCCGAGCUGAGUCAAGGCUGGAGAGGUAAGCUAGCCACGACCCAAAAGUACUUUAUUGGUCUGGAAGGCGCAGCCAUUGUUGCAUCCGUCUUGAUUUUGAACCUCUGCCAUCCAGGUUACUGCUUCAACGCCGCCAAAGAUGCAAGGGAUGUGCGAUCCAGCAGGAAGAUUUGUUUUUUGAAGAGAAGGUCUACUGUAAAUCAGGGCGAUACUGAGCUAACACAAGUCACUACUACACCGUCAAAGUAGGAGGCAGAAUGGGUAUUAGACGUUUGGUCUAAAAAGGAGUUUUGGGAAUAGGUACGGCGAGAAACGGGGAAUCAUCUCAUGGUGCUUUCUGCACUGACAUCAAGUC